UGGAAUUGGAGCCUGGGGUGUCUAUGGCCACGACAAAGUCACCGACGAAGCGCGCCGAGGACGCGGCCGCGGCCCACGACUCGGACGUGGAGUCGUACUCGGACGAUGGCAAUGCUUCUGGCGUCGAGGACGACGAAGAUGCUGGUGGCGCCUUGGAAGCCAUCGCCGCCAAGGAAGAAGAGGAAGAAGCGCUGUCGCCGGAAGAGAAGGCUGCCCGCGAUGCACUCCUCCGCGAAGAAGAAGAAGCCUUCCGCAAGCAGAAGGAGACCCAGCUCAAGACAUUGCAGGCGCUGCGCGAAGCCGAAGAAGAAGCCGACGCCGAGGCCCAGAAGAACAUCCGCCCCACGGACAAGCGACUUCAAUUCCUCAUGGCCCAGUCGGAUGUCUUUACGUCGUUCUUGAUGGGCGGGACGUCGGCCGUGGGGAAAGCCAUGACCAAGAAGCGCGGGGAGACCAAGAAGCAGGAAGGCGAGAACCGCCGGUCGGGCAAGAAGGCGGACGACUCGGCCGAAGAUCAAGCACUGCUCGCGAUGGAAGAGUCGCGCUUCACGCGCCUCGACAAGCAGCCAUCCAACAUCGCCUUUGGCACCAUGAAGCCGUACCAGCUCGAAGGUCUCAACUGGAUGAUCCGUCUCCACGACUGCGGCGUCAACGGCAUUCUGGCCGACGAAAUGGGGUUGGGCAAGACGUUGCAGUCCAUCUCGCUUCUCGCGUACCUGCGCGAAGCCCGCGCCAUCAAGGGUCCGCACAUGAUCAUCGUGCCCAAGUCGACGGUCGGCAACUGGAUGCGCGAGCUCAACCGGUGGUGCCCGUCCAUCCGCGCAUUCAAGUUUAUGGGCGACAAGGAGCAGCGCAACGUGCUGCGCGAGACGAUGAAGUCGACCAAGUUUGACGCGUGCGUGCUCUCGUACGAAGUCGCGAUCAUCGAGAAGGCGACGUUGAAGCGCUUCAAGUGGAAGUACAUGCUCAUUGACGAAGCGCACCGCAUCAAGAACGAAAACUCCAAGCUCUCGACCGUCGUGCGCGAGUUUGACGUCGAGCACCGCCUCCUCAUCACGGGCACGCCGCUCCAGAACAACCUCCACGAGCUCUGGGCGCUCCUCAACUUUCUUCUCCCUGAUGUCUUUACGGCGUCCGAGGACUUUGACUCGUGGUUCAAUGUGGACGGCGAGCAAGGCCAAGAGAACGUCAUCAAGAAGCUCCACACGGUGCUGCGCCCGUUCCUCCUCCGGCGCCUCAAGUCGGAUGUCGAGCACUCGCUGCCGCCCAAGAUCGAGACCAAGCUCUACGUCGGCCUCUCGGAAAUGCAGCGCGAGUGGUACACGCGCGUCUUGCACCGCGACGCGACGCACCUCAACUCGAUUGGCGGCUCGGACCGCGUCCGCCUCCUCAACAUCCUCAUGCAGCUCCGCAAAGUGACCAACCACCCGUACCUCUUUGACGGCGCUGAGCCGGGCCCGCCGUACAAGGAGGGACCGCACCUCUGGGAGAACUGCGGCAAGAUGACGCUGCUGCACAAGCUAUUGCCGCGCCUCAAGGCCCAAGGCUCGCGCGUGCUCAUUUUCUGCCAAAUGACGUCGAUGCUCAACAUUUUGGAAGACUACAUGCGCUACAACGACCACGAGUACUGCCGCCUCGACGGCAGCACCCAAGGCGAGCUCCGCGACGAGUACAUGGACGUGUUCAACGCGCCCAACUCGACGAAGUUUGUGUUCCUCCUCAGCACGCGCGCGGGCGGCCUCGGCAUCAACUUGGCGACCGCCGAUAUCGUGAUUCUCUUCGACUCGGACUGGAACCCGCAAGUGGAUCUGCAAGCGAUGGACCGUGCGCACCGCAUUGGCCAGACCAAGCUCGUCCGCGUCUUCCGCUUUGUGACGGACGGGACCGUCGAAGAAAAGAUCAUUGAGCGUGCCGAGCGCAAGCUCUACUUGGACGCAGCGAUCAUCCAGCAAGGCCGCCUCGCGCAGCAGAACCGAAAGCUCUCGAAAGACGAGCUCAUGACGAUGGUGCGCUUUGGUGCGGACGAAAUCUUCAACGCCAAGGGCUCGAUGAUCACGGACGACGACAUUGAUGCGAUCUUGGCAAAAGGCGAGGAGCGCACCGAGGCCAUGAAGGCCAAGGUCGUCGACGACAUGCAGCACAACCUCGCCAACUUUAGCCUCACGAGCGUCUCGAGCUUGUACGACUUUGAGGGUGAAAACUUUGCCAAGGACGCGGCCGAGUCGGGCUCGGUCCUCCCGUCGACGUUCAUUGCGCUUCCCGCGCGCGAGCGCAAGAAGAACUACGACGUGGACGAGUACUACCGCCAGCAGACGGGCCAGACCAAGCCGAAGAAGACCAAGAAGCCCGACGAAGAGAACAAGCCCAAGGUGCCAGUCGUACACGAUUUUCAGUUUUUCGACCGCGAGCGCAUGACGGCGCUGCUCCAGAAGCGCUACGACGUCGAGUUUGCGCGCAAGGAGCACAUCAAGCUCAUCAAGGAAGCCAAGGCGGACGAGCAAAAGCAAAAGCUCGAGGGCGACGACCUCAAGUCCAAGCAGCUCGAGGCCGAGCUCGAAAACAUGGUCAUGGACGCCGCCGACGUGACCGAGCUCGAGGCGCUCGAAGCUGACGGGUUUGGCGACUGGAGCCGGCGCGACCUCAAGCAGUUUGUGGCGAGCUGCGAGCGCUUUGGUCGCAGCGACAAGGAUGCGGUCUGCCUCGAAGUCGCGACGCUGCUUGUCAAGGACGUCGCGCGCGUCGCCGAGUACUAUGACGUGUUCUGGGCGCGCGGGACCGAGCUUGAAGAAUAUCAAAAGUACAUGGACCGCAUCGAGCGCGGUGAGAAGCGCAUCCAGCGCAACCUCGCGAUCAAGGAAGCCCUCGCCUCCAAGGUCGCUCGGUACAAGAACCCGUGGCGCGACAUGAAGCUCACGUACCCCGGCGGGUACAAGAGCAAGGGCUUCACGAUGGACGAGGACGUCUUUUUGAUUUGCAUGAUGCACAAGCACGGCGUCGGCGGCGACUGGGUCGCGAUCAAGGAGGACAUUCGCAAGGCGUGGCAGUUCCGCUUUGACUGGUUCUUCAAGUCGCGCACGAUUCUCGAGCUCCAGAAGCGCGGCGAGUUCCUCACCAAGCUCAUCGAGAAGGAGAACGAGGAGCUCGGCACCAAGGUCGUGGCCGAAGAAGAGCACUUGGCGACAAAGGCCAAGCCGUCGAGCUCCAGCUCCAGCUCGAGCAAGAAGCGCACGUCGUCGUCGACGUCAUCGAGCUCCAAGCGGAAACGAACCUCGUAGUCGUUGGGCCAAGAUGAAGCCGAUUAACAACAAAAUGCCAAUGCUUUACGAUGUAUAAGUACUA